AAUCUUAAAGCCGGUAACAUUCGAUGGCGUUCAAUGGCAAUGACACAGACAUCGGUCUGCCCCCGAAUGGCAGCUAUCUAUAUAGGUUUGUGGCGCCACCGGACGAGCGGACACGCACGUGGCCUUUGGUCGAAUCGCCUUGGAAUGUGGCCGCCGUGUUGGCCACCUACCUAUUAAUGGUACGAUUCGGGCCCAAAUGGGCAGCCAGAUACAAGCCGAUGCAGUUGCGAGUGCCAUUGUUCCUGCACAGUCUGGCCAUGGCCCUUCUGAAUGCCCACAUUUUCCUGGAGCUCUUUACGGCAUCGCGGGCCCUGGGCUACAGCUACGCCUGUCAGCCGUGUCGAGUGAGCUAUAGCCCUCAUGAAAUGCGUAUUACAGCGGCCCUUUGGUGGUUCUUUAUCUCGAAAGUGUUUGAAUUCGCCGACACGGCCUUCUUUAUCCUUCGGCACAAGUGGAGGCAGCUAACUUUCCUGCACGUCUACCACCAUAGCAGCAUGUUUUUCCUCACAUGGGCGGCUGCCAGAUGGAUGCCUUCGGGCUCAACUUUUCUACCUGGCAUGAUUAACUCCUUCAUACACAUAAUAAUGUAUGGAUAUUAUGCAGCAAGCUCCUUGGGCCCUCGAAUCCAGCGGUUCUUAUGGUGGAAGCGUUACUUGACCGGACUUCAGCUAGUACAGUUUGGAUAUGGAUUCAUUUGGGGCGCACAGGCUCUGAUCCGCAAGUGUGAAGUCAGCUAUUGGGCAUUAAUUACAGCAAGUGUCUAUAUGCUACCUUUUCUUUAUUUGUUUGGCAAGUUCUACCGUAAUAGUUAUGGACCUAAGGCGGGUUCUAAGAAAGCCAUGUAAAAAUAUAUAAAAAGUAAACACUG